AUGGUUGCUACUGUUAGAUGUGUAUACCACAGGACGUCAGAGUCCUCCAAGAUCCGAGUCAAGUAUCCCGAGAGGAUACCCGUCAUCGUCCAGAAAGCGCCAAAGUCCCAGGUCCCGGACAUCGACAAGAGGAAAUUCCUGAUUCCUGCCGACAUCACGGUGGCUCAGUUCAUGUGGAUCAUCAGGAAGAGGAUACAGUUGCCUGCCGAGAAAGCCAUCUUUUUAUUUGUCGGCAAAGUACUCCCACAAUCAAGUGCCACAAUGGGUCACAUCUACCAGGAACACAGAGACGCAGACGGAUUCCUCUACGUCGCCUACAGCGGGGAGAACACCUUUGGGGCUACGCCACUAUGA